AUGGAUGAUAUUAAAGGAGUGGAUCAACUCCACAGUAUGAAGGAAGAGCCGGAUUUGUUGCAGGAGUUUAUCACCACCAUAUCGUCUGCAGCUCAACAGGAAGAGGUGGCAUUUAACGAAAAGAAUGAUGGACGUUCCAUCGUAUCAGACCAGCUCGUCGCAAUUAGUCCCAAAGCCAUCGUUAUGAUUUCAACAGCAUCAAUUGAGAUGAACGGGGACAAUCAGAUGGUAUCCAUCUGUCGAACCGGUCCGGAUAGCGAACCAUCGAAUGUGACCUCUCGCCCUACUAGCCAUACCGACGACGAAGAACAGCAGCCGACCCAUAUUGAUUCUGUGACAUUGAAAUGUGAUUUAAAUGAUUACCUGAUUAACCUUAUUAACGUUAGAUGUAGUUUAGCAGAGUUGACGAGCGCCACUCGGCCAUCACCAAACGAUAUCAUGCCGGCAGGACGUUCGCCUACCGGUGGUACGUCAACUUACACAUACUUUGAUGAGCUGGUGCGCUGUGUCGAGCGUGAACACCGUCUGUUACUGAGCGGCUUAUCCUCCAAAAUGCCCCGAUUGCGGUUGUGUGGUGGUGGAGAAGAUUCCAUCAAUAAUGGCACUAGCGCUUGGGGUACACCGCCAGGCGCCACCAACGGUACGCUCAAUGCUUGGGGUGUGUUACCCAAUCAGCAGCAACAGCAGCAACCACAGCAGCCACUACAACAGCCAUUAGCACCGUCCGCUUGGGGAACCGUUAGCAAUAAUAGCAGCCCAGGCAGUAACAACAACAACAACAACAACAACACCGGCUCUGGCAUCAGUUCCAAUGCAGCAAAUGGUAACGGAAACGCGACGCGAGCUGGAGAUUCCAGCAAAUCCCAAUCGACUUCCGGACUAUCGAACGCCUGGAAUGCCACCGUAAAUCAUGGACGGCCGGGUGGUGGAGGGAAUGUAGCGGCGAACGUUGCAAACAACAACGGCAAUCAUCAUCAUCACGGCCAAAACAACAAUCAGCAGCUUCAGCAGCAGCAGGCAGCUAAUAUGGGCAAUAAUAAUGGACCGGCAGGGAAUGGGACCGCAACGAAGCAGCUCGAGGUGCUCAACACGAUGCGUGACGCACUGUUCGCUCAGGAUGGUUGGGGCUGUCAGCAUGUCAAUCAGGACACAAACUGGGAGGUACCGGGUUCACCGGAACCGCAGGGGGGUGGUGGUGCUUCCAGUGCGGGUUCUGGUGGUGCUGGUAAGCCGGACGGAGCAGGCAACGGCGGAGGGGCACACGGAACUGCCGGACCGAACGGAAGUUGGAAGGCACAAAACAUGAACAACGGGACCGAGCUUUGGGAAACAAAUUUGCGCAGCGGUGGUGGCCCGCACCUCCAACAGCAACAAGCUCAACAACAUCUGGCACAAGCAAAGACCACCACACCGUGGGUUCCAGCGAACAAUCUCGGCGGGACCUGGAUGGAAGAUGAUGAUGGUAGUGCUAGUGCUGGAGGUGGUGGUGGUGGUGUUGCUGGAAUACCGGAACCAUCCGCUAGUGUAUGGAAUGGCAGUGCGGCUGCAAUCGUUGCCGGUGCGGUGCCACUGGUCGGAACGGGUGCUGGUCCAACGGGUGCUGGGGCCUGGGGUGCUCUUAACAAUAGUAACGUUGUAACGGCUCCACAAGCUGCAACUGGGGUGACGACAACGGUUGGAGGGGGUGGUAUGUGGCCGCCAGGGACGGGUUCUAAUGCAUCCGCCAUUACAACGGCGGCCGCUGGCAUACCAACGACGGCGAACAACUCACAGCUGGCGGUCAUCACUGGUGUGAAGAAAGAUCUGAACGAGUGGGGAACCGGUGUUGGGCCAGUUGGGUCCAGUGCGGUGGUACAGCCGGGUGGUCCUAGUAUAAUUCCAGCUGGCAGCGGUGGUGGUAGCUGGGAUGGACGACAUCCGGGAGGAAACGGUGGCGCUGGAGGCACUGUCGUCGGUGCUGUAAACGGACAAUCGGCCGGUGGUUUCAACAUAAACGCAGAUUCGGUACUGCGUGGCGAUCCACGGGGCAUUUCCGGUCGGCUAAAUGGAGCUGCAGCAGCGGCGGCGGCUGGUGGUAGUAUGUGGGGUGUUGGAACCGUUUCGGAUCAGCGAACGGGAGCCGGACAGCAACAGUGGGGAAACGGGAAUGGUGGUGGAUCGAAUAAGCUUCCCCCGACUUCCAACUGGGAUGAUGGAAGACCGUCCUCGCUCGAUGAUGCGACCGGUGGAGUACUCUGGGGACAGGGUAACGUGGUUGGGUCCCUCUCCCGUCAAAAUUCGACCGGAUGGAAGGAUGUGGCAGAUGUAAUGAUGCGUCCCGGUGGAGGAGCUGGUGGUGGUGGUCCGAUGCAACGCAAUCCGGUGCAAGGUUCCGGACCGUUCGGACCUGUGCCCAUACCAUCCGGUGCGGCCGGGAGUGGUGGUGUACGAUCACUCGGCAAAGACGUUCGAGUGGAUUGGGGCAGACAGCAGAUGCAAGGCAUCGGACGCAACGGGUCCUGGGACGAUCAACCACCCGGUUGGGGUGACGAGAAAACGGGUGGCGCUCCGUGGAAUAUGGAUCUCGCAUCGAAUGCUGGUAUGGCUGGUGUCGGUGGUGCUGGUGGCGGAUGGAACAAAACGCCGACCACACCAAAGUCGGCCGGUCUUGGAUGGCCGGAUCCGGGUGAGCUGGGAGGAGGUGCCACAGAUUGGGGGCUUGAAGGUGGUGGACCGAAGCCUUCCGUCGGUGUUGGACCGAACAAAUCACCGUUGGAAUUUGUACGCGCGAGCAAAGAGUACCGACUACUGUGUGAGAUGGGCCACAAAAAGGAGGAGGUAGAGUUUGCCCUGCGCACGACCAACAUGAACAUUGACGAUGCAAUGGAAGUGUUGCGGCAUGGGGCUGCCGCGCUGGCGGCCAGCGGAUUAACCGGCGGAGGAUGGCGUCGCACACUGUCCGAGGAUCAUACGGGAGCCGCCGGGCUGGGGAUGGGUUUUGAUGGAGCGUACUCGGGACGAAUUGCGCCGCUCAAUCAUGCUACCAGUGGAUUGUCCUACUCACAGAACAAUCAAAAUAUGCUUCACAACAUCCCUGGUGGUGGUCCGGUGGGUGGCCUUGGUCUCGACAGUACCGGACCGACCAAUCUGGUGGCGCUCAACAAUCUGAAAUAUCUGUCGCAAGGCGGUGGCGCACCGGGCGUCGGUUCCGGUCAUCCAUCGUUCAAUCACAACACACUGCUACCCCCUGGUGGUCGGGGGCCGAACCAACAAGCUCAUCAACAGCAGCAGCAGCUGGCAGCGGCAGCAGCCAUCGCCGCAGCACCACCCACCAGCCAGCAGCUUCGUGUGCUAGUGCAACAAAUUCAGCUGGCCGUCCAGAACGGUUUCCUAAAUCAUCAGAUCCUCAACCAGGCGCUUGCACCGCAAACGUUUGUCCUGUUGAACCAGUUGCUCUCUCACAUUAAGCAAAUGCAACUGACGCAGAGCAAUCUGGCCCGAAGUGGUUCAACCAGCGGUGUUAGUGCCGUCCAGUUGUCGUUAGCCAUCAACAAGCAUAAAGCGCAAAUCACACAACUUCAGCAGCAAAUAGCUGCCCAGCAGAGCAUUUUUAUGAAGCAACAGCAGCAGCAACAAGGACAUCAGGGAUCGAUGGGUCCACCGCCACCACUAAUGCAAUCCAAUCCAAAUGCCGGCCUCGGACUGGAGUUUAUGCGCCAGCAGCAGCAACAGCAACAACAACAAGAUCUCAUGGCACUACAGAGCAACUUCGGCGAGAUGACGCUCGGCAAGGAAUCAAUCAUAACGUCCACCGGAAGCGUUUUCCCGCCAUCGGUCGUUCCGCUACAGCAACACGCCGUCGUUUCGGCAGCCCCUGGCAAUAAUGUGAUUGUCAGUGGUGGCAGCACUAGUCAGCAGUCUCGCUUAAAUCAGUGGAAGCUUCCAUCGCUCGACAAGGACCCGACCGCUAGCAAAGAUGAUCUCACCGAUUUUUCACGCGCUCCCGGCCCAUCGACGGCAAAGUCCGCGUUAACCACUACCACUACCAACACUAAUCUAAGCUCUCUAGGUCUCGUGCAAGAUGGAACCUGGACAACAACCGGUCGUACAAGCCUGGCAGAUGGCGGCUGGCCGGAGCAAACGGGUGAUACCGACAGCAAAGACUGGACAACCGCCAACAACACCUCUUCGCAGGAUAGUUCCGCUUUCACCGAUCUAGUACCUGAGUUUGAACCGGGAAAACCGUGGAAGGGAACACAGCUUAAGAUUGAAGACGAUCCUAGUAUUACGCCGGGUAGUGUGGCACGCUCACCACUCUCCAUUGCGACCGCCAAAGACUCGGAGCUGUUUAGCGGUGUUACCGAGAAGACGUCCCCCAUCGCAGCCGCCGACGCCGGCGGUUUGAAUCUAACAUCUUCCGCCUGGAGCUUCAACACCGCUUCGCUAACCUCGGCAGCCAGCGGCGGCAACAAACCGUUACCCGGUAAAUCCGUUUGGUCGGAUAGUUCAUCAUCCGGUAGUGGUGCGACUGUAACCAGCUCCGCUGCCGUUGACGUUUGGUGCACGCCGAUUGCGAAACCUUCCGCUACACGAGGCCCACCACCGGGAUUGGGUGGUGCGGCGGCUAACAAGAAUGGAAGCGUUGGACCUACGCAAGCUCAGCGGGGUGGAAAUGGUGGUGGUGGUGGUUGGGCCACUGGUGGUGGUGGUACAUCGUGGCUUUUGCUGAAAAAUCUUACUUCCCAGAUCGAUGCAUCGACACUACGCACGCUCUGCAUGCAGCACGGUCCGAUACUAAACUUCCACUCGUAUCCGGCCCAUGGGCUAGCCCUCUGCCGGUACGCAACCCGGGAGGAAGCGGUCAAAGCUCAACAGGCGCUCAAUAAUUGUACGUUAGGCACGAGCACGAUCGCUGCCGAAUGUCCGGGCAGUGAGUCGGAAGUGCAAACGUAUCUGCAACAGCUGGGCGGUACAACAACGACCAAUGUCAAUGCGGUCAGUAACAGUGCUGCGAGCCUAACGUCACCAUCAUGGCGACAGGAUCGUCCUCCGGGUAGCUCAGCGGGUGACGCAUGGGGCGCUGGAUGGGCGAUUGGUGGUGGUUCCGGUAGCAGUGGUACCGGCCAAACGGUAGCUAAUCUCUGGGCACCGCUCGAUGCCGGUGCAGACAACGGUACACCAACCAGCUUGAAUUCGUUCCUACCGGACAGUUUGCUUGGAUCGGAGCUGAACUAAUAAGCCGGAUGUCAGCUA